AACCACGCGCGCACGCACGGCCGCCGCCUCCAGGGAAUCCUCUCGCAUUCCCCGCCGCCGCCGCCAUCGUAAGUCGACGUCCUCCGCUCCGCCGGAACACCGUGGAGCGGAGAUCUGCCCGGGCCUCGAGGACCUCUUCCUUCGGUGAUGAUGCAAAGUGUUUGUCGUAUCUGAUAUGCUGACGGCGCGCUCCAAAGAUUUCUAGUCUCAUUCAAUACCUAAUACUGCUACCGCGACGCACUCUGAGGUCAUAGCUGAAUCUACUGGUUCAGAACAUGGGUUCUCGGUUUCCAUCCCACCAGUUAAGCAAUGGUCUUUAUGUCUCUGGACGACCUGAGCAACCUAAGGAGAAGGCUCCGGUUGUUUGCUCCGCAGCUAUGCCAUACACUGGCGGGGACAUUAAGAAAUCUGGAGAACUCGGGAAGAUGUUUGAUCUCCAUGCUGAGAAGUCACGCAAAUCUGGCCCUUUGGGUAAUCAACCUUCAAGGAAUACUUCAUUUGGUGGCGCGGCUUCCAAUUCAGGACCAGCAUCUAGUGCUGUUGGUCGAUCCAACUACUCUGGUUCUAUUUCAUCAGCGGUUCCUGGCACUGGAGGUUCAGCAAGAGCAAAGACUAAUUCUGGACCACUCAAUAAGCAUGGAGAACCAACAAAGAGAUCUUCUGGACCCCAAUCAGGAGGAGUGACCCCAAUGGCCCGCCAGAAUUCUGGCCAUUUACCUCCUAUUCUUCCUACAACUGGGCUGAUCACGUCAGGACCUAUCACUUCUGGGCAGUUGAAUUCGUCUGGUGCUCCGCGAAAAGUAUCAGGCGCUCUCGAUUCUAAUGUAUCAAUGAAGAUGCGAGCCACCUCGUUUGCUCAUAAUCAGGCUGUUACAAAUCUUAACGAGGAAACUGGCUACUCAAUAAGGGCCAGUGUGCCAAAGCCAAUACUCUGGACAGCCAUUCUGCUCUUUGUUAUGGGGUUCGUAGCUGGUGGCUUCAUUCUUGCCGCCGUUCAUAAUUCAAUUCUGCUAGUUGUUGUUGUGGUGAUAUUUGGGUUUGUUGCUGCACUCUUGAUUUGGAAUAUUUGCUGGGGAACAAGAGGAGUCACUAGGUUUGUCAGUCGAUAUCCUGACGCUGAUCUCAGAAAUGCAAAAGAUGGAGAGUAUGUAAAGGUUACCGGGGUUGUUACUUGUGGAAAUUUCCCCCUCGAGUCCUCGUUUCAAAGGGUUCCAAGAUGUGUGUACACUUCAACCUGCUUGUAUGAGUAUAGGGGUUGGGACUCAAAAGCUGCCAACACUCAGCAUCGCCGAUUUACUUGGGGAUUACGGUCAAUUGAGCGACAUGCGGUUGAUUUCUACAUCUCUGAUUUCCAAUCUGGGCUGCGAGCAUUGGUCAAAACAGGGUACGGUGCACGGGUAACCCCAUAUGUGGAUGAAUCUGUUGUUAUCGACAUAAAUCCAGAAAACAAGGACAUGUCCCCUGAAUUUUUAAGAUGGCUACGGGAGAGGAAUCUCUCAAGUGAUGAUCGCAUAAUGCGCCUAAAAGAAGGAUACAUAAAUGAGGGAAGCACCGUGAGUGUCAUCGGUGUUGUUCAAAGGAAUGACAAUGUGUUGAUGGUUGUUCCGCCUCCUGAACCCUUCAACACUGGCUGCCAAUGGGGCAAGUGCCUCCUCCCAACUAGCCUUGAUGGACUAGUGUUGAGAUGUGAAGAUACAUCAAACGGUGAUGUAAUACCAGUUUAGCUAGCUAGCCUCGCUCUGGCAGUUCACCUGGGAAAAAAAGAAAAGGAAAAAGUGCCUGUCAAAAUAUUUGACUUGGGGUUUGUUCCGUGGAUGUUUGGAUUGAGAAAAAAAUGUGCAAAUGCGGGUUGUGAUUAUGGUUAAGUGCAAUAUGGGUGGUCAGUUACUCAUGGCUUGAUUGUGUAGUAUUUUAUGUGUUUUGUUCUUUUUGGUUGAGCUAUGAAUACCUGUAAGAUGGAUGGCUUGAGUACUACCAUGGAGCUGUUUGGAGUUUUAGUGGAAUCAUGUUCAUAUGUUUUUUUUUGGUUUGUAGAAUGUCAGCAAUAUCAUAAACCAUCAUUCCAAUUCCCCUUUCUUUAUCUAUAUUUCUAUGCGUAUAAUUCUAUCUAUAA